AUGACUAUGGUCACUCAAUCCACACCGCCGACACCCCAGUCGGACCUGAAAACGGUCGUCGAGAGUCGGACCCGGGAGUGGCACUUCCACAUCUACUUCUUGCUCCAGUCGCCCCAGGAGACGGCCGCCGCGCUCGCCCUCCGUGAUGCCGUCCUGAGGCUGCGCCGUGAUGGCGCCUUCGUGGCCGUCCCGCUGUUCAGGGUGAACGAAUAUCCCAUCGGCCCGCAUCCCGCGGGAUCAUACGAGAUCUGGGUACCGGAUUCCUCGUUUUCCGAUGUUUUCUUCUACUUGGCAGCAAACCGAGGCAACCUAAGUGUCCUCGUCCACCCCUUGACUGUAAGCCAACGGCGGGAUCAUGAAACCCGGAACGCUUGGAUGGGUACCCCCUGGCCCAUUUACUUGGACGCUUUGCCGGUGGAUGGUGAGCUUCCGCUUCAAUACCCCGAGCUCGGCCUGGGCUGGUCCACGUCGCCCGAGCAGGAGGUCUCCCUUGAGGAGAGACGCAAGAGAGGCGCGGAAGUCGAGGCUUUGCUGGCCCACGAUCCAGAAGCUGCCCCCGCUCCUGAGGAUUAG